AAAACUUUUGGAUCGGCAGACCGGCGUUACCCGAUAUGAACCUGAACAACACAGAUAUGAUCUCAUGUUCUCGGAUAACUAGUUUUCAAUAUAUUGUUAUUGCAUUCAGCAAGGUGGCUAUAACGGGCAAAUAGUUCCACGUUGAUAUACCGCUGUUACUUAACGGUAAUGGUUAUUAUGUUCUGGUUUAUCUGUAUUAAUUUUGUAUUGUUUUGUUUUUUUAAUGCUUUUCUUCCACGUUUUUCAAUUUAAAAAUGUGCAUUACUGUAAAGCUCUACCUUUUUAUCGUUUAAGUUUACAAAUAGUAGUAUCCCCCGACCGCUAAUUCAUUCUCACUCUCGUCAUCAAUCUCCUGAUUCAUUAUCACUCUCGUCAUCAAUCUCCUGAUUCAUUCUCACUCUCGUCAUCAAUCUCCUGAUUCAUUCUCACUCUCGUCAUCAAUCUCCUGAUUCAUUCUCACUCUCAUGACCAAUCUCUUGAUUCAUUCUCACUAUCAUGACCAAUCUCCUGAUUCGUUCUCACCCUCAUCACCAAUCUCGUGAUUCAUUCUCACUCUCAUCACAAUGUCGUGAUUCAUUCUCACCCUCAUCAUCAAUCUCCUGAUUCAUUCUCAUCCUCAUCACCAAUCUCUUGAUUCAUUCUCACUAUCAUGACAAAUCUCCUGAUUCAUUCUCACUCUCAUCACCAAUCUCCUGAUUCAUUCUCACUCUCAUCACAAUCUCGUGAUUCAUUCUCACCCUCAUCACCAAUCUCCUGCUUCAUUCUCACCCUCAUCACCAAUCUCCCGAUUCAGCCAACACCCCCGUGAAAGAAAAAAUUUUAGACGGAAGUUUGAUCGAACAGAAAUGUGGAUCUUUUACUGAAACCUUUUCCUAUUAAUUUCAUUAAAUUAUCUUCUCAGGACGAUCUGGCCACAUCGCACAUCCAUCGAACAUGACGACCUCGAUGUUGCUCCUGUGUCUUGUCGGUCUUCAAGUCGCUGCUCAUGCCCUAGAGACUGGAGAGGUGGUGAGCCCUGUAGGGAAGUUGAGAGGACUGAAGGUGGCUGCUGCUAAUGGCGAGCCCUAUUGGUCAUUUCGUGGCAUACCUUACGCCGCUCCUCCCGUUGGUGAUCUACGCUUUGCAAAACCAGUGCCUUACCCCAAUCCAGGUUGGACUGCCAGUGAAUUAUUCAUAAAUCGUUUAUUAUAUAUAAUGUAGUAUAUUUUGUUACGUUGUUAUGUUGUUUUGUAAUUACGUUGUUACAUUGCGCUAAUAUUUAAAAUAGAUGUAGCCCGCCAAACAUUGGUGACAGCAAUGCAUGAACUUCCCAUCUACUAAAAUUAGUUGACAAAAACGUGAACUCUAGUUGCGCACAUAAUUUAAGAAUGACAAUUUUGCUACACCCCUUCCCCCACCCCCCUUUUCAUGAUACGUCACGGCACACUUUAUAUUUCACGGCGACCCGUCGCUUAGCAGACGCCACGAGCUUGGCUUGCAAGCGAGGGUGGUGCAGGAGGGGGGGGGGGCGGUAGCUCCACCGCUGUGUGCAUGACUCGUGAACUAUAUAAAUAUAGCUGACCGGCGGCUUAGCAGACGCCGUGAGCCUGCUCUGGCGUAUCUAUGUGUAGCCUGCGUGGUCGUCUUGGUCGUCUUGUUGUUAACCCUAGUUUCUGGCGAAUUAUAUAUAUAGAUAAUUAUACAACCACUAAAAGCAAAGUUUUUUGUAUGAACAUUUUAUAAAAUGUAAUAGCGAGCAUUGGGGGGGGGGGGGGGGGGGUCCUGAACAUUUGACAAAAGAGAAAGACUGGGCUGGUCAACAUUGGAAGAACGACGACGACUAUCCAGGCUCACCAGGUUGUACAAGAUCACAAAUGGGCUGGUCCACUGCUCCGGCAUCAAACAGAAACUCGUUCAUCUUCCCCCUAGACAGCGACGAGGCCACCACAGACAGUUCCGGCUGUUAAAAACAAGAAUAAGUACAGGAGCUCCUCAUUCCUGCCGAAGACAAUAGGGGACUGGAACAAGCAUGCAAAAGCAACAGUUGAGGCUGCCUCCUGUAUUCCAACCCCCAGUUCGUAACACCACUGCUGAGUAGCCCUUGCAACCAGUGAAGUAUCGCCUUGAAACCCAUGCACGGUAACAUCGCGAACCCUUAUGAAACAUAGGAGCCAGAAUGAUCAAUUCAUUGAUCGUGGGCCCUCAAAAUAAGAAGAAGAAGAAGACAUGCUUACAAGUAACGCACCUUAUAAAAUCCCAUUAGUGGUGCCCCCCCCCCCCAAGCUUGUAACCGCAUAUUUUUUCCCUCACCAGAACUGUAUUAAUAUUCUAAUGUCCCAACCACUUCUCCACAGCAGAUUCUUUACACCAACAAUUCCUGUAAAAGGCACCAAACGCGCUGGUGAUAUUUUUAAUAAUCUCAUCUAGCGCAGUUAUCGGGAAUGUUAUAUUGUGAAAUCAUUUGCAACUGGUAGCGUUUAAACUGAUUUUGGAAGGUUUAGGUGGGACUGAAAACUGGAAAGAAUGUGUUGCCAUCGGCAAGGAGCAUAUGUGCGGGUCAUUUAUUUAUGAAUCUCUGGUCAAAAUCAUGUUAAAAACUAUUCACAAAGCAACACUCCCUAAUUUCUAAAAACCACUUCAAAAAUGACUCGGUGCUGAAGGGAAGUGAAGUUGACUUUGUUCUAAAGGGAAGUGAAAUUGAUUUGGUGCUGAAGGGAAGUGAAAUUGACACGGUUCUCACGGGAAGUGAAAUUGACUUAGUGCUGAAUGGAAUUUAAAUUUACUUUGUUGUAAGGGGAAUUUAAAUUGACUUCGUGCUGAAGGGAAGUAAAAUUGACUUGGUGCUGAAGGGAAGUGAUUGACUUUGUUUUUAAGUGAAGUGAAAUUGACUUGGUGCUGAAGGUAAGUGAAAUUGACUUUGUUCUAAGGGGAAGUGAAAUUGUCUUGGUGCUGACGAGAACUGAAAUUGAUUUUUACUUAAGGGAAGAAAAUUAACUUGUUUCUAAAGGGAAGUGAAAUUGACUUGGUUCUGGAGGGUAGUGAAAUCGACUUGAUUCUUUUGUUGUUAAUAUUUACAUUUGAAAUCAUGUAUACCAGCGUUUCCCAGACUUUUAAGAUGCCCAGACUUUUAAGUGCCCCAGACUUUUAUGUUUCCCAAACCCUUAGGUUUCCCAGACAUUUAGGUUUUCCAUGUUUUUAAGUUUCCCAGAAUUUAAGUUUCCCAGACUUUUAUUUUCCCAGUCUUUUAAGUUUCCCAGACUUUUAUUUUUCCCCAACCUUUAGGUUUCCCAGACUUUUAAGUUUCCGAGACCUUUGGGUUUAUUUAUUUAUUUAGGCAUUUUUAUAUAGCACUUACCAUAAAGCUCUAAGCACUUUACAAUUAUUAAAAACAUGUAAACUAAGUAAAAUAAAAAUGAGACACUAGGAUAGUAACUACUAUACUAUAGAAACAAUGAAAAUGGCUAUAAAACGAGGACAUUAAGUAAAAUAAAAAUGAGACACUAGGAUAAUAACUACUAUAAUAUAGAAAAAAUGAAAAAGGCUAUAAAACGAGGACACUUUGACACAUUUUGGCCUAUACUUCAGGAUCAACAUUUAAGUCCCCCCCCCCCCCUCUUUAGGUUUCCCAUACUUUUAAGUUUAGCGGAACGUUGUGUAAAUUUCAAAUUUAACCCAGGGUUCGGUGCCGGAUUUAUUUUUUUUAUUGCAUCUUUAUUUGACCAUAUAAAUAUUUAUGUUGUGCAGACCGGUACCGGUCCGCAAACCACCAUUUGGGGAGCGCUGAUUUAGACUCCAUAGCUGGUUCCUUAUUUCAUAAAAAAAUAUGGAGAGCUUUGAUAUUUGAUCACGUUGGUUGACUUUUAAUUUUUUUUAUUGUUCUAAAUGAUUAAGGUGUGUGUGUGUAUAUAUAUAUAUAUAUAUAAUAUAUAUAUGUGUGUGUGUAUGUGUAUAUAUAUAAUAUGAGUAGUUAAUCAUAUAUUAUUUAACUAACUAUUUUAAUAUAUGCAUGUGUUAUCUACAGAUCAAGUCAUUGAUGGCACACAGCAGGGAGCUGCUUGCAUCCAAGACCCUCGCUUUCUAUCCCCGAAUGAAAUCAUGUCUGAGGACUGCUUAUUUCUGAACAUAUUUGCCAAAGAGAUCAAUCAGAAAUCGCCAGUCCAAAAGAAAGUAGUCAUUUUCAUUCACGGCGGUGGUUUUUUCUUCGGUUCAACUUUUAUUUACAACCCUGGAAGUUUUGUCACAGAACAGGACGUCGUGUUUGUAACCAUCCAGUACCGCUUUGGCCUGUUUGGAUUUCUGACCACAGAAGACGAGAAUGCUCCUGGCAACUACGGCCUGUGGGACCAAGCACUCGCUCUCAAGUGGGUCAAAAACAAUAUUGCCGCAUUUGGUGGUGACCCAAGUGACAUAACCAUAGCAGGAGAGUCAGCAGGGGGGUCUUCUGUAUCUUUUCUUACCCUGAGUCCUGUCCCAAAAGAUCUGUUCACCAAAGCUUAUUCUAGCAGUGGAGUAGCGACAUCAUUGUUCGCGGUAAAUAACUUAAACAAAGAGGCUGCGCGCGCUAUAGCAAUAUUUGUAAACUGUUUGGAUAAAGAUGAGACCAGGAUGGGAAAAGAAGUUAUCCAAUGCCUUCGUUCACGUCAACUGUCAGAUUUUGCUAGCUUUCCAUUGAUUAGUAAUUCUAGAACAUUGUUUCAUCCUUGGGGAGAUGGUGAGUUUCUACCCAAAUCUCCAUUUGAACUCAUCAAAGAUGAACAAUACUUGGAACAAAUUGGCUUUUACCAGAAGAAAUACCUCUUUGGUCUCACUAAUCAAGAAACGACAAUACAUGGUGUAUUUUUGUUUCUUACUAAAGCAAUAAUUUAUAAUGACACAAGACUGACUGAGGAUGAGAAGUUUAACAGAUGGCACUGGUAUCUCUCAAAUGUGUCAGAGGAAGUAAUUGCUGAUAGAUUACAACUUGAUAAUACACCACCUGCAUUGCUCAAAAAGCUGCGAGAUUGGUAUCAAACCAGAAAUCCUACGCCUUAUGAUGUACUACAGCUUCUCGCCGACGCCAAUUUCAUUAUUCCUACCUUUGAUUUGAUUAACACUGUAGCGCGAAGCAGAAACGCUGAGUCAUGGCUCCUCUAUUUCAACCACUAUCCCCAGUUUAUGAAGGGGGACCUGAAAGGUGUCAUUCACGCAAUGGAUCUGGCCUACUGGUUUGAUUUAGAUACAACUUACUUGCUGCACCUCAUGGCCCCAGGAGUAACGGGUGUAUUUGAGGAGGAAGAUUUUAAAUUGAGAAGGAUUUUUUCUGAUACUAUAGCGUCAUUUAUAAAAACUGGGUAAGUAUCUUAAAUUCUUUUGGGUUUUUUUUUUUUUUUUGUACUUUUUUAAAAUUGUUUUUUAUUUUCAUAACUACAACUUGAGCACGCCAUUUGUUGAGACCCCAUUAUUAACUGGUAUUCCAUUAAAAAGAAAACUUAUCUUAAAGCAAAUAAAAUGAACUAAGGCUUCACCGAGUGCAUUUUUACACCGGGUCCGGAUAUUUUGAAAAAAUUCCCGAUGGGUCCAAAGGUUUCAAACAAAGAGUUAACCUCUCAUUUUCUAUGAUAUGCAACGAAAUCUACUAACCUAUGUCGUAGUGAGAGUUCAUUGCCUUCGUCAACCGUUUGUGUCAAGAAACAACUCAGUGAUAGGAGCCUAACGAAACAACAGUCGCAGUGUAAUGAAAAUAGCAACCUGGAGUUGCAGCAAAUAAAGAUUAAAUCUCCUGCACUUGGUUACCCCAUGAUUUGUUAUUUUAAAAAAAAAUAGAAUAUUUAAAGCAUUAUUUUGGAAAGGAUCAUAUUACGAUUUUUGGAAGUAAUUAAAUCCUUAAGCUAAUUUGAUUCCGUGAACGUAGUGUCGUGAUUUUUUUAUUUUUUUUUUAUAUUAAACUUAAAAAAUCUUCCAUCCCAACUUUUUAAUGAAAAUGAAAAUAAAUCUUUCUCUGUAAUUUUUUUUGGUGCAAAUUUGAUAAGACAUUAGCUUAAACUCAGAAAGAACAGAAUUCUUGGAGAGGAAUUUAAAUUCUGGAAUUUGUGUAUGCAUUUGAAAAAAAAAAUUGUUUCAAUGAUAAGCAGUUCCUGUAAGCCAAAUUAAAUAAUCCGUUAAAGAUCAACAGAAUAUCAGUUAUUGAAAGGUUGUAUAUACAUUAAUUGAAAGGUUUUACAUACAUUAAUUGAAAGGUUGUAUAUACAUUAAUUGAAAGGUUGUAUAUACAUUAAUAAUUGAAAAGUUGUAUAUACAUUAUUUGAAAAGCUGUAUAUACAUUUAUUGAAAAGUUGUAUAUGCCUUGAUUUAAAUUUAAACUGUGACAAAAAAGUACAAGUAUGCUCUACGAAUCACAAGUAGUUAUGAGAUAGUUAAUAUGAUUUUAAUUAUCUGUUUUCCCCAGCAAUCCACAAGUAUCUCUUCGGAAAGAAAUUCCCGGUGGAUGGCCGAACUAUGACCUCCAUAACGGUUAUUAUUUGGACUUUAACCCCAGACCUUCCAUACAGAAAAACUUGAAAAGAGAGGUGCGACAGUUGUGGGAGAAAGAUCUGCCAUCUUGGGCUUUCCAGGAACUGACGCAUCAACAUACUGAACUUUAAAGAUGAAAUCUGUAACUUUCUCUGCUCGCCCUUUAUCCAAAUUGUACAUCUUUUUAGAACUAUUCCCCCAUUGCGUAUAGACUCCACUCUGUUAUCUUCAUUAUCUAUUUUUAGGGUCUACCAGGCAGGCAUUUAAAAAGAAAAAUAAUACCUAAUCCAAUAUUAUCGGGAAACACAUUUUGAGUGUCUUCAUCGCGUAGGCUAAUGUGUAAAUCAUAAUUCUUUUAUUCUAACCUUUUUCUUCCACUUCCACUCUUCACUAUAUCUAAAUUACACUAGCAAAUUUAACUACUUCUUCUCUAAGAUAAUAUAUGAGAAAUAAUAAAACUACCUCACCAUCUACGUACUAUGCGUCUGCUCUAUAUUGUAUUUGUAAACUUUAAUUAACUUCAACUUUAAUCAUUUGAACGUCAUUACUUAUUUGGGCAUUUAGGGUAUUUAGUAUAUUUGCUAAUAAAAUGAUACUAUUCUUUCUUCAUGCACAUGGUCAAAACUAUAUAAAGCAACUAUAUUUUUUCCAGUGAUAUUUUUUAACGUUGAACUGUUGUUGUUUUGUUUAAUGCAUCUUUUUGAAGAUAGAAAUAAAAUUAGAUAAAAAAAUUA